AUGGCGACCCAGCUCGUCCAACUCCCAGAAGUGGAGCGCCUCAGUGCAUCAGUCGUGAGAAUUCUAGGCGGAAAUCCGGGGAAGUUCACACUCCAAGGCACAAACACAUACUUAAUUGGCCGCGGCCACCAACGGAUCUUAAUAGACACAGGCGAAGGCAAGCCCUCAUGGGCAGCAAACCUUCAAUCCGUGCUCGCAGAAGAAAAGGCAACAGUGCACCAGGCUCUCCUGACACACUGGCAUGGCGACCAUGUCAACGGGUUGCCAGAUCUGCUCAAACUCUGUCCCCAGGCUCAGAUUUUCAAACACCAGCCUGAUUCCGCUCAAACGGAUAUCCAGGAGGGCCAGGUAUUCUCCGUUGAGGGUGCUACCUUGACAGCAUUCCAUACGCCCGGGCAUACCGUCGAUCAUAUGGUGUUUAUGCUCGAGGAGGAAAAUGCUAUGUUUACGGGUGAUAACGUCCUAGGCCACGGCACAGCCGUCUUCGAAACCCUCAAAACCUACCUCAGCAGUCUCCACCGGAUGCGCGACCGCGUCUCCUCUGGCCGGGGGUACCCCGGACACGGGGCGGUGAUCGAGGACGCCGGCGCGCGGAUCACCGAGUACAUCAAGCACCGACAGCAGCGGGAAGACGAGGUCCUGCGCGUGCUGCGAUUUGGAAAGCUUGAUGUCGCGGCUGGCGAGUCCUCGCCGGAGCGCAAGCAGACGUGGACGCCUAUUGAGUUGGUCAAGCGCAUUUACCGUGACGUUCCCGAGUCUUUGCAUUUACCUGCUUCGCAUGGUGUGUUGCAGGUGUUGAUGAAGCUUGAGGAUGAGGGAAGGACGGUUCAUGAUUCGGACUCGGGGAAAUGGAGUCUUGUGAGAGCCCGGCUUGCCCUGUCUACACUAAAGGCCCUUAUUCUAAUCCCAUUAAUCACAUCCUCCGUUUUCGCCGGCAUCCGAUCCAUCACCAUGCAUUCCGUCGAGCCCAAGAAUGAAGCUCGCCUGCUUCUAGUCUCCAACCGUCUGCCGAUCACAAUCAAGCGGUCUGAUGAUGGGAAAUAUGAUUUCUCAAUGUCAUCAGGAGGUCUGGUCAGUGGUUUGAGUGGCCUCUCAAAAUCAACCACCUUCCAGUGGUACGGCUGGCCCGGUCUGGAGGUUCCAGAGCCCGAGAUCCCCGUCGUGAAGCAGCGCCUCAAAGAAGAAUACGGCGCUGUACCGGUCUUCAUUGAUGAUGACCUGGCAGAUCGACACUACAAUGGGUUCUCCAACUCCAUCCUCUGGCCUCUGUUCCAUUACCACCCUGGCGAGAUCACCUUCGACGAGUCCGCCUGGGAAGCUUACAAGGAAGCGAACCGUCUUUUCGCGAAGGCUAUCGCGAAGGAAGUACAGGAUGGCGACCUGAUUUGGGUUCACGACUACCACCUGAUGCUGCUUCCUGAGAUGCUGCGCGAGGAGAUCGGCGAUAGCAAGAAGAACGUGAAGAUCGGUUUCUUCUUACAUACACCAUUCCCUAGCAGCGAGAUCUACCGAAUCCUCCCCGUGCGCAAUGAACUGCUCUUGGGUGUCCUACAUUGCGACCUGAUUGGCUUCCACACUUAUGAUUACACGCGCCAUUUCCUGAGCAGUUGCUCGCGUCUACUGGGUCUUGCAACUACGCCCAACGGCAUUGAAUUCCAGGGCAAGAUUAUCACAUGUGGAGCUUUCCCCAUUGGUAUUGACCCUGAGAAGUUCAAGGAGGGAUUGAAGAAGGAGAAGGUCCAGAAGCGCAUUGCCAUGCUAGAGCAGAAGUUCCAGGGCGUGAAGCUGAUGGUCGGUGUUGACCGUCUUGAUUACAUCAAGGGCGUGCCCCAGAAGUUGCACGCGCUCGAAGUGUUCCUCAGCGACCACCCAGAAUGGGUCGGGAAGGUCGUGCUUGUACAGGUUGCCGUUCCCAGUCGACAGGAUGUCGAGGAGUACCAGAAUUUGAGGGCCGUGGUGAACGAACUGGUGGGUCGGAUCAAUGGAAAGUUCGGCACGGUCGAGUUCCAGCCUAUUCACUUCCUGCACAAGUCCGUCAACUUUGACGAGCUCAUCGCUCUCUACGCCGUAUCAGAUGCCUGCAUUGUCUCAUCUACCCGUGACGGCAUGAACCUGGUUGCCUACGAGUACAUCGCUACCCAACAGAAGCGCCACGGAGUGUUGGUGCUUUCUGAAUUCGCCGGAGCAGCCCAGAGUCUGAACGGCAGUAUUAUCGUGAACCCCUGGAACACCGAAGAACUGGCAGGCGCCUACCAAGAAGCCGUGACCAUGAGCGACGAACAGAGGGCUCUCAACUUUGCCAAGUUGGACAGAUACGUGUCCAAGUACACCAGCGCAUUCUGGGGCCAAUCCUUCGUCACCGAACUCACCCGGAUAUCAGCCCGCUCUGCCGAUAAAUUCCAAUCCAAGAAAUUGGCGGAAACGGAUGCAAACGGAGCCGAUGUGCCACCCACGACGCAAGACGCGUAA